AUGAAGAAUCAAAAAAUCUUUGAUUUCUUCGAAAAGAAGAAUGAUGAAUCAACAAGUGAUUUAAAUGGGACAAAUAACAUAUCUCCUUGUAUUUCAGAACCAGCGUCUAUUAAACGACCAAGACUUGGAAAUGAGACUCUUGAUGAACCGCUUCUAAGUAACAAUUUGCAAUAUGUUUCUGAUCCUGGAAUUCGCAUCCCAAUUUUACAACAUCCCAUUGAACUUCAAGAUGAGGUAAGAAGAGCAUAUAUUGAUAAAGGGCCAAUUCAACCUAUAUAUGAUUAUCCUUUUACUGAAUGUGAAGGUCAAAAGCGUAGAUUCCAAUCUUCUUGGUUUCAAAAAUAUCCUUGGCUUGAAUUUUCUAUUGAGAAACAAAGUGCAUUUUGUUUCCCUUGCUAUGUCUUUGACACUAACUCAGCACAAUUUGACACAUUCACUGUCACGGGAUUUAAAAAUUGGAAAAGAGUUGAUUGUAAAAAUCGUUCAUUCAAGAGACAUGAAGGAGAUGGGAAUUCAAGACAUAGCUUUGCCAUGCGAAAACGGGGAGAUUUGAAAAAUCUUGAUCAGCAUAUUGAUAGAAGAUUAGAAAAACAAUCUUCUAAGCAAAUUGAGCAAAAUCGGUUGCUCUUAAAGGUGUCCAUAGAAAGUGUGAAGUUUCUUGCAAUGCAAGGUUGUGCUUUUAGGGGUCAUGAUGAAUCAGUUGCCUCUAAAAACGGUGGAAAUUAUUUGGAAUUGGUAACUUUGUUAGGAAGAAUGAAUCCAGAAAUUGGUAGUACUUUAGAAAAAACAUCUAAAAAUGCAAAGUACACAUCACCAGAAAUUCAAAGAGAGAUUUUGAAAAUUAUUGCUAAUAUUGUGAGGGAUAAAAUUCGUGCAGAAAUUGGAGAAGCCAAGUUUUGUAUCCUCGUUGAUGAAGCAAUUGAUGAGUCAAGUAAAGAACAAAUGGCUAUCAUUUUAAGAUAUGUUGAUCGAGAUGGGUUCAUUAGAGAACGGUUUUUUGAAGUUGUUCACGUUGAAAAUACAAGUGCAUUAACUUUGAAAAAAGAGAUAUGCAAUGUAUUCAACCAAUACAAUCUGUUAACUGAAAAUCUAAGGGGGCAAGGCUAUGAUGGCGCAAGUAAUAUGCGUGAGGAAUGGAAUGGACUCCAGACUUUAUUUCUUAAAGAUUCUCCACAUGCUUAUUAUAUUCAUUGUUUUGCUCAUAGACUACAACUUGCUUUAGUUGCAGUUUCUAAAGAGGUGCAUGAUGUGUGGCGUUUCUUUUCAACAUUAACUUCGGCUAUUAAUUUUGUUGGUUCAUCUGCUAAACGUCAUUUUCAAUUGAAAUCUAUCCGAAAAGCUGAAAUUAAUAAUUUGAUAAAAUUGGGUGAAAUUGACACUGUGAGUACACUUCUUCAAGAUCUUGUCGACAAAGGUCUCAAUAGUAACAUUCGAGGAGAGGCUAAAGUCUUGGGAAUAUCAAAUAAGUUGUGUCAGACAUUACAGACGAAUGACAUAGAUAUUUUGAAUGCUAUGAAUUUGGUUUCUACUACUAGACUAAAUCUUCAACAGAUCAGAGAUGAUAGAUGGGAAGGAUUUCUUUGGAGUGUGUUGAAGUUUUGUGAAAGUAAUGAUGUUGAGGUGCCAGACUUUGAUGAUUGCUACACACGAGGUACAAAACGUUCUUGCCAGCAGAAAAACAAUAUAACAGUCCAUGAUCACUAUCAUUUUGAAAUAUUUAAUGCAGUAAUAGAUUUUCAGUUGAUGACAUUGAAUGAGAGAUUUCCAGAGGGCACAAUAGAACUUCUUACUCUCAGUAAUGCUUUGAGUCUCGUUGAUGGAUUCAAAUCAUUUUCCCUGCCUGACAUUUGUUCUCUUGUUGAUAAAUUUUACUACUAUGAUUUCAAUCUAGAAGAAAGAGGAGAUUUGGAGAGAGAAUUAGAUCAUUAUAAAUUUGAUGUACCGUGUCAUGCACAGUUUCAGAAUCUUAAUUCUUUGCAUCAUUUGUGCCAAACAUUGGCCAGAACGACAAAGUCAGUUAUCUAUCCUUUGACUGAUAGGUUGGUUCGAUUGGUUUUGACUCUUCCAGUUUCUACAGCAACUACAGAACGAGCUUUUUCAGGGAUGAAACUCAUUAAGACGCCACUUUGUAAUAAAAUAGAAAAUGGCCUUAUGGCCAAUACCAUGGUUGUUUAUAUAGAGAGGGAUAUUGCUUUAGGUAUUGAUACAGAAUUUAUCAUAAACAAGUUUGAUGUAUUGAAAAAUCGCAAAAUACGGCAUAAAUAA